AUGGCCGAUGCCAGGGCGGAGGCGACUUCCGUCGAGGGUCCGGGCAGCGGCAUGAUCAGGGACUGCAGGAAGCGCAACGCGGCGAACCAGAAACGCAUCUCCAAGGCGUCGGACAACAACCUCGACUUGCAAAUCAUAUUGAUCGGCGAGAUCGAAAAGUACGAAAGGGUGACACAAAAACGUGGUGGCGGAAUCGGCAACAUUUCGGAUGUGGUGGAGGAGGCCACGCAGAAGAACACCAAAGUAGAGAUCAAGUGGGACGAGUGCCCCGCCCAGGCCCCCGAGCGCUGGCAGUGGGCCUGCAAGAAGUGGGGCCCCGCCCUCAUCACGCGCCUGGUGAUGUUCUGCGACCCCAGCAUGCGAGUCGCGAUCGGCGUGAAGGCUGGGUCCAAGUCAAAAGAGACUCAGCAAAUAUUGGAGUUCGCGUGGGACUUGCAAUUCGCAGCCGCAGAUGGUGACUACAACGCCAGCGCGGAAAAGGGCAACGGGCUUCGCUUACUCAUCGAGGACUUGCUGCAGACAGGAACAGUCGAUUGGAAUAACGCUGGCGUGUAUUUCCUCACCAAGCCCGAGAACGAUGUAUUGAUCACGAACCGCUUCGCCAAGGUUCCCAAAAAGGUCGAUGAGGAUCACAUCGGAAACAUGGGCUGGGCGAAGAUCCGCAUCGCCGAGGGCUGGUCUCAGACCGAGGCCUUGAUGGUCACAGACAAGGACGAGGUGAAGUGCGCCACUUUCUUCCCCGCGUUGAAGAGGAGCCUGGGGCGCGUGAACAGCCAGGGCGACCCCGUCGCCGCCAUCGGCCGGGCGAAGUGUGCUCGUCUCCAGUCGGCUUUCAGCUCAGGGUCAAAGGCGCCGCCGAAAGGCGCCUCGCCAGUCCCGAAAGCAAAGGCGGCGAAGGCGGCUGCGGGCUCAGGCGCCGCGCAGGCCUUGGAAGGCAGAGCAGCGGCCCCGAGGCGGCCGACGACCCCGGCAGGCAAGGCGAAGGCGGGCCCUGCGAAGGCGCCGGGCCCGCUAGCUGAGGCGGCGGAGGCCGGGGAGCUCUGA